AUGAAAGGUGCGGUGAGACUCUAUAAUAUAGCCCACAAAAAAGAAUAUAAAACGGAUCAAACCAAAGGUACAUUUUGGAAGGUUAUUUGCAAGCGGCAUGAGGAAGGUUGUAGUUGGAUGAUCCGUUUUUCGUUGAUCGGAAGUGGUAUGUGGAAAGCAGGAAAAAUGAUUGAGCCACAUAAUUGUGAUACGGAUGAUUAUACAUUGGAUCAUUUCAAUUUGAGUAGCAACAUGAUUGCUACUUCGUUGAUACCAUAUGUUAUGAUCAAUGCACAAAUCAGUAUUAAGUUUGUUCAGGAAACUAUAAAAGGCAUCCAUCACAAUACUCCUAGUUAUAGAAAAGCGCAAAAUGGGCGUAAGAAAGCUUUUGAGAUGGUGUAUGGUGAUUUUGAAGGUUCUUUUAGGGCAUUGCCUCGAUACAUGGCUGCCCUAGAACAUUUCAAUCCGAGCACUAUUGUUGAGUGGAUACACAAGUCAACUACAAUGCAAGGCGAACACAUCUUCAAGUAUCUUUUCUGGGCCUUUAAACCAAGUAUCGAUGGAUUCAAAAGUUGCAGGCCGGUCACCUCAAUAGAUGGCACCCAUGUCUAUGGUAAGUAUGAGAUGAAAUUGUUGAUUCUUGUUGGCAUUGAUGCAAACGGAAAUAUUUUUCCACUUGCAUAUCUUGUAGUUGCACGUGAGAGCUAUGAGUCAUGGACUUGGUUUCUCAGUUUAUUAUGGAGACAUGUUGUUUGUGAUAGAAAAGGCAUUGGACUAAUUUCUGACCGUCACCAAGGGAUCUUGCAAUGUGUAAUGACACAUGAAUGGUUACAGCCACCCACCACACAUCAUAGAUUUUGUGUUCGACAUUUAAAAAGCAACUUUAACAAAAAGUUUCUUAACUCUGAUCUUGAGAAGCUAAUGUGGUUGGGUUCUACGAGCACGGAGAGAAGAAAUACCAAAUGA